GCGGAAAAAGUGACGUCGCGCGCGCUCCAGCCAAUAGCGAAUGAGGACCGAAGCACGCUGACAGAGUCAGAAGAUCGUCCCGUGCGCACGCUGAUUUGUUUAUGUUUAGCUAAACGCGGUGGGGAGCGAGUCUCAUGGAGGCUGUGCUGAGACACCUGACCAACAUCCUGGAGCUGCUGGCCGUGUCUCAGACGGACCGCGUCGGUGAGUGGGACCGUGACACCGCGCUCCGGGCGUUUCAGUGGGCUGAGUACUGCGAGCAGCUGCACUCCCGCUUCCAGUCCAACCCUACGGUGCGCUCCGCGCUCGAGGCCGGUCUGAGCGACACCAACAGGCGCCUGCGGGAAACUCUGCCGUCGUGCUCUCCGGUCACGUUCUCUGAACUGGCUCACUGUCAGCACACGCUGCUCGUUCAUUUACUCAGAAACCCCUGCGCACCCAACUCCGUCAUCCAGAUGCUUUUAGCACGGGAAUCCCAAUUUGACCAAAACAGCCUCAUUGCGUGCAAAGCAGCGUUUAACCUGUUGUGCCGCACGCUGGACAGGACGGGCCAUGCUGGGGUACAGGCUGAAGCAGCGGUCAGAGGCAGACUGCUGGGGAAGCUCUUGAACUCUGUGCUGAGUCGCUCUGGUAACGAGGAGUACGCGAGAACGCUGCUGGACUCCAUCCUUCAAGACAGCGCGGGAAAACCGGAGAGCCUCUGUGACGUCAUAGCGGCUGCGUUCCAUUCCCCCGAUGACGAGCCGAACUCCGUCACUCAGCGCUGUGUCCUCGCCUGGCUGCGCGAGCGCGAGGGGGGUCUGAGUGAAGCGUGCAGAUGUCUGUCCCCCGGGCUUUGCGCGGUCCUCUCCCGACAGUCCUGCGAGUUUAAGCAGGCGUACUGGGGGGUUUUGAAACACUGGGCGUCCUGCUUGGAGUAUGAAGUCUUGGAGAGUCAGUGGGUGCUGACUUCAGAUGAGCCGGUCAACUUUAAUGCACUGACUGGUCGAUUCAAAGAUUUAUUACAUUCAGGGCCAGCAUUAAAAGAGGAGACAGAAACUGAACUCAAAACACUCAAACGGGAAGCUGGAGACUUUAAUGUAAAAGGCGUUAGUAUAUGGACUGAUCUAAUCAUUCAGCUAAAGCUGUAAAUACAUCAGAUUGGAAGUUAAUUCAACGCUGUUGUUAUUAUUAUAUAUAUAUAUAUUUAUUAACAUUUGAUGUGAAUUUAACUAAUGAAAAUGUUAUAUUUGAGGAUAGAAGCGUGUGCAUUUUUUUUUCCACACGUUUUAUAAUUAUUAAAAGGUUUGUCACGUUUUUAUAUUUUACGUUUUUUAUUCUCUUCUCAUUAUUGAAAGAGUACUUACUUUUUGAUAGCCAUCAUUUCCAUGUUUUUUUUAUUUUGUCCAUUUCAUGUUUUGUAACCAUUUUAAGCUAUUAUUAUUAUUAUUAUUAUUAUUACAAUUGAAAUUUCUAAGCCUGAUUUUGUUCCUCAGCAUUGAAUAAAAUAAAAUACAGAAAAGGAGCAACAAAACUCGGUCUCAGUCUCCCAGCAGACAGGGGGCGACAGUACUCUACACCAUCAGACAUGUGCUUUAUCUGAGGGCCGGGUUCCUCCUGGUAUUUUAUUUACAGCUGAAUAAUUAAUAAAGCUCUUAAACAGUAUAUGUU